AUGGCUCGUACCAGUAAAUCAAAAGCCGCGAAGUUCAAUGCACGCACCUUGACUAAGCUUCAAGCGGCCAUCGAAAAGGAUCCGGAGAUUGACCUAACCGCGAACUUGCCCUUGAGGUAUUCUGAUCGUUUAAAUGAAAUGCGACAGGAUGUCCAAACUGGCAAGUAG